AUGACAUUCGACGCCCGGGGCAUCAUUGCUAUCGUAGAGAUCGUCAUUUAUGUCCCCAUCCUCCUCAUCGGCUUCGCGCUCACCCUCAAGCAUGGCUUCAGCAAGAAAGCCGGAUGGCUCAUGCUCAUCAUUCUCUCCAUCGCCCGUAUCAUCGGAGGCAUCACACAUGUUCUCUCUGAACAAAAUCCGUCAAACAUCACCGAGAAAACCAUCUACGGUAUCAUGGAGGCCGCUGGUCUCUCCCCCCUCCUCGUCGCAAGUCUAGGCUUCCUUGGAACCGUCACCCAGUACUCACUCGAACAAGAGCCGCUCGUCUUCCGCGGCCUCCGCCUCCUCGGCGUCCUCGGCACCGUCGCCCUCAUCCUCGCCAUCGUCGGCGGCACCUCCGCCGGGAACCCCUCCUCCGCCUCCGACCUCUCCUCCGGCACGAACCUCCGCCACGUCGGCACCAUCCUCUACGUCGUCGUCUACGCCGGCGUCGUCCUCCUCACCGCCUACUGCUUCGCCCACCGCGCGCGCAUCCUCCGCUACCGCCGGCAGCUCCUCGCGGGCGUCGCCGCCGCGCUCCCCUUCCUGUUCGUGCGCACGCUCUACGCCGUGCUCUCCGCGUACGCGCCCUCGCGCAUCCGCUUCGACGCCGCGGGCAACGAGGAGCUCGUUCGGCGCCGGCUCGGCGAGUGGGGGUUCUACCUCGUCAUGUCCGUCAUGAUGGAGUACGCCGCGGUGCUCAUCUUCGUCGUCGUCGGGCUCGCGACGCCGCUCAGCAAGGACGUCGGGCCGGACUAUGACGCGGCGGCGGCGAAGCGUUCCGGAUGGGCAAGUACGGGACCGGGUUCGCGCGGCCGGCGGCGUAGGCGUCGCGGUGGGGAGGUCGUUGACGUGGGUGCGGUGGAUGCCUCGGACGGUCCUUUUUAUACCUCUCGAGCAUACCAAUAUGAGUGA